AUGAAGAGCAUUCAUGUAAGCCAGCUGAGGUCUGGGUCGUUCAAUCUGACAAGUCUUGUUGAGGAGUUUGUCGACAUCAGAGAGGACAACAUCUUCCAGACACAUGCUAAUCUGGUGGAGCUUGUUGGGGACCUUGAAAACAUAAGGGAAGGCCUAUUUUUCAAGAGAGAAAAGCUCAACACAAAGCUUCGCACGAUUCAGGAAGGGCUAAAGCUGGAUAAGAUUGAUGACCUGAACAGAGAGAUAGGCCGGAUAGUUCUGGAACCGCUUGGGACAUCGAGGAAUGUGCUGGAAAGAAACAAAGAAAUAAAUCAUCUAAAGAGGAUGGAGAAGGCAGUGAAGUAUCUAAUGGAGAUUGAGAAAGGGAAUUUCAAGGUUCUUGAUAGUCUUAUAACAAGUGACAGUGAGGAAGACUGGAGAUUCUUAUGUUUCCUUCUAUACAAUAUUUCAAAGAUUGGUGAUGAUAACGGAGAACUUCAGGAGUACAAUAAAGCAGUCGAAGAUAAGAUGCUUAGUGUGUUUGAAACAGGGAAUAAACAAAACAACAAAACAAUGAUGCAGUCUGCCUAUAAUUCCUUGCUUGAAAUGGGCAAGGAGAGCUUUCUUGUCCAUUCAUACAUAUAUUCUUUGGACUUAUUCAAAGAACCUGUAAGUAUGGAGUACAGAAAGGAAAGCAUCAUAGACCUUGAUUUCCACACAACGAGCCACAGUACGUUUGUAGAAUUGAUAGAUAAGAUCAGAGAUGCAUAUGAUUCGAAAUUCAGAGAUAUUGGAGAUAUUUUUGUAAAUACAAAAGAUGUGUAUAAGAUAAUACACAAGAAGGUGUAUGGCGACGUUAUUUCCACAGCGCUAGGAGACUACCUCAAGGAUACAGGGCCUUGCAUGUUUCUCCUGGGGCUUGAAAGCUGCUAUAAAAACCUUCGAAUACUCGGAUCGUUUAUUGAGACAAUAGAUCCGGAUUUUGACGGGUCUAAUGCUACCGAGGACCUUAUUUCUCAAUACACCAGAAUAGCGAUUGACAAGGAAAAGACCUUUUUUGAUCAGAUUUAUGAGAUUCUUGUUCUUCAGAAGCAAAGCGAGACAAAAUACAUCAUUCUUGGAGAGGAAGCAGGUAGGGCUACUGAUAGCAUAUUUGUGUAUAAACAACUCCUCAAUACCAUAAGCUUUGCCUUUGAGAGAUCCAAUAGGUUUUACAGUGAUUCCGAGGAAGAUGAGCUUAUUGAUUUCUUUUCUCGGAAGAUAAAUGCAUUUGUUGGGUCUGUUUACGAUUCAACACAAAGUAAGUUUGAAGUGAUAAGAAUACUUCAAUUUAUAUAUCUGGUGACAAGAAAAUACUUUGGAGAUAAGUUCUGGAAGCUUGAAACCUUCCGAGAAAAAAUCAAUAGGAAGCUCAAGGAUGCAUUUGAAGAUCAGGUAGAAACAUGCGCGAUGAGAAUUGGUGUUAGGAUUAAGCAGGAAACGUUUGGAAACCUUGAGGGGUGUGAAAGAGUGAUAGAGGUUGUAAGACACGAAAUUGUAAAGGCUUCAGAGGCAUCGAUAAAAGGAGAAAAUUUCAGGAUCCUGAUAAAUCGAAUUCUCUGCCUCCUCCAUUCUGCAUUAUAUGGUAGAAUAUUGCAGCUUACAUUUGACGAGAAGCAAUCCAGGAACAUGGUGGAAUAUGUCACCAAGAUCUUAGAAUUUGCUAAGGAACUUGGGAGUGCUGAUGCUAUUCAGAAGUUCUCUGACCUUCAGAACCUGGCCAUUCUGAUAUCUAUCUCUGAAGGAGAUUUCGAAUCAUUCUAUAACUCGUUAGUGGGGAGGAUACCUGAUGAUGAGAUUCUGAAAGCACUAAGGUGUAGAAGAGACAAGGAAAGGAUAGAAAAGAAAACAUCUAUAUUUGAUGGGAAGGAGACGUGA